AUGGAUAUUGAACUAUUCAAACCUUUUAAAUUAAUUUUCAAAAAGUUCCAAUGGUUUGGAAUGUGGCAGGAUGGUGAACAAACUUGGGCAUAUUUUAUUUUUGGAUAUUUGUUGCAUUUGUUAUUGUUAAAGAAGAUUAAGAAAAGUUAUGAUGAACUUAAAGAUUUACUGCAGUCAACAAAUUACGAAGAAUCUGUGGAUCGGAAGACAUUAAAGAAAGAAAUUGCAUUUUGCUAUAAAGUUUACUUGGCAUUUUGGUCAUCAGCUCUUGUAACUUGUGCAUCAGGUGCUUUCGUUCCUUUUCUCAGUUCGAAGUUACCAUAUAAAGUUUGGUUUCCGUUCGAUGUUAAUAAGGAAACAAAUGAAAUUGGCUUUUGGAUUGCUUCUUUGUACCUUAUUUUUCAUUCUUUUAUCGUCAGUACCCUUGAUAUAACUUUAGAUAUUUUCCCAGUUGUUUUCAUGGCAUUUUCCAUUGGAUUAUUAAACGAAUUUUCUCAGCGUUUAUCAAAAAUUGAAUCAAACGGUGAUCUUAUUCAAUGUAUCAUUGUUCAUAAAAAAAUCAAACACUUCGUGAAUGGAAUUCAUGCAAAUUUUGCAACUGCUAUUUUCUUUCAAGGCGUCACGAGUUCCUUGACUUUAUGUACUGGAGUACUAACGAUGACAUUUACUACAAACCUCACUCAGCUUAUUCGCAUUGUUACAUUUAUAGUUCCAAUGGUGCUUGAAAUAUUUCUUCCUUGUUACUUUGGGAAUGAGCUUUCGAUCGCUUCGUCACAUCUAACAACUUCAAUAUUUCAAUCAAAAUUGAUUGAAGGAGAUCAGAAGUUGAAGAAAACUGCAAUAAUCUUCACAGAAUGUAAUCGGAAAGAGUUAAAGAUCACAUCGCUUGGAUUAUUUGAUUUACAUGAGAAGUUCCCAUUGAGAAUACAACUGUUGAACAUUCAAAAUAUGUACUUACCUUGA